GGUUACCACUUUUGUGUUGUCUUUCUUUUUCUUUUUCUCCAUUUUCCAUUUAUCGACCCCUUGGGUGUAGCUAAUUACUUUCACGAUUUUCAAAUCCAAUAAAGUUUUAAUUUGAUGAAGCUUUUUUUAAACCAUAUAAUAUAAAUAAUGGGUGGUCGUAAACCAUGUUGUGAUGAGGUUGGAUUAAGAAAGGGUCCAUGGACAGUGGAAGAAGAUGGGAAACUAGUUGAUUUCUUAAGGGCACGUGGCAACUGCGGUGGUGGUGGAGGAGGAUGGUGCUGGAGAGACGUGCCAAAACUGGCGGGGCUAAGGAGGUGUGGCAAAAGUUGCCGUCUCCGGUGGACUAAUUAUCUCCGGCCAGAUCUCAAGAGAGGUCUUUUUACUGAAGAAGAAAUCCAACUAGUCAUUGAUCUUCAUGCUCGCCUUGGCAAUAGAUGGUCGAAGAUUGCAGUGGAGUUACCAGGAAGAACAGACAACGAUAUCAAAAAUUAUUGGAACACUCAUAUAAAGAGGAAGCUUAUAAGAAUGGGUAUUGAUCCAAACACACAUCGUCGAUUUGACCAACAAAAAGUCAACGAGGAGGAAACGAUAUUGGUCAACGAUCCAAAGCCUCUGUCUGAGACCGAGGUAUCUGUUGCUUUGAAGAAUGACACGUCAGCAGUGUUAUCAGGAAAUCUAAACCAAUUGGCUGACGUGGACGGUGAUGAUCAGCCGUGGAGCUUUCUAAUGGAAAAUGACGAAGGAGGAGGUGGCGACGCCGCCGGAGAGCUUACGAUGCUAUUGUCCGGUGACAUUACGUCAUCAUGUUCUUCUUCGUCAUCUUUGUGGAUGAAGUAUGGAGAAUUCGGAUACGAAGAUUUAGAACUUGGAUGUUUCGAUGUUUAGAGAUUCAAGUAUGUUUAAUUAGGCCGUAGGUUGAUUAAUCAUAAGGUUCAUUGACUUCAUUCUAGAAUUGUGUAGUUGGACCAGUAUAAAGAAUCAAAGUUAUAAAACAUUGUAAUUUGAUUUCCAAAUUAAUCUAAUGAAUAAAUGUGCUUUGCACUUUGAAUGUCCC